AUGAACGUCGCUGCUAAAGAUAGCAUGGCUGACAAUGAGUUGGAAGAAACAGAAGACAACCUUGUCAACUUGAUACUUGAAAAGGGAAGACUUUUAGCUAGUUCAAAUAAAGUGGAGGGUUGCCUUGUACCUGAAGCUGCAAAGAAGGCAAAUAUUCCUCGUAUCACAGCCUAUAGAACGAGGAAUGAAUUUAACGAAAGUGGUGAUGUUGGAUGUAAUGGUUAUAAAGAAGGAAUGAAAAAGAUAUUAUGUUGUGAUGGACAACAUAAGGAUCCAUGA